AUGUGGUCUUUACCUUUUCACACUCUGGCAGUCGCAACUGCUCUCCUGAGUCUCUGCGGCCUUGCUACCGCACAACAAAAGGGAGAGUGGUUCUCCGAGCUUCAACCAUGCCCACAGUCAUGCUCCGCAAGCGGCAUCAACUCGGGCAACUGGACACUCUACCACGAUGCCGUGAAACUUUACUCCUGCAAGGAGCCUAUGCUCUUAGACAUGAGUCUUCACACUCCUGUCGACGACCCCAGUAAGACAUUGAGUCUGUUUGCUUGCUGGGGUAACAACAAAGAUGGCGACGCAAACUGCAAUGAACCAACCGCGGAUGCUAAUGUUACGACUACUUCUGAUACUUCUGAGACUGCCACCGUCGAGGUCAUAUGGUCUGGUACGGGCCAGAGUCAACGCGCUGGCGACGCCGUUGCCGUUGCUCAGUACGCCUUGUCUCAGACAUCUCCCUUGUCGUGUGAGCUGGACGACAGAACGUCAUCUUUUGCCUACUUGAACGGCGUCUUUAUCGGCGUCUGGACCGGGCCGAUGGUGGACAAACAGACAACACUCAACCUGCUGGACCAGGUUGUUUCUGGCCUCAAGAAUGAAGUCCAAGGCAGCCUCCAGCUUUCUCAAGUCUGCGGCUCGAACAGAACGUCAGAUUACACUGUUGGCGUGGCCGUAGCAAUUCCAGAGUCAGUGGCAGAUCUGACAGCCCUUGCUCAAGUCCAGAAUGCUGUCAAGACCUGGAGCAUGGGCGAUUGCGUUGCAGCGGACCCAGGCUCUUCAAAAACCUCCAAGUCAACCCUCGAGGUUCAUCAGCUAGCCCUGACAAGCCCCAGUACUCGCCGCGACCUCGAUACGCGAGCCAAUUGCAGAACGAUUCUCGUCGUCGCCGGAGAUUCGUGUGGCAGUCUGGCCAAGAAGUGCGGCAUCUCAGGUGCCAACUUUACCAAAUACAAUCCCAAAAAGAAUCUUUGCUCGACUCUGGCUGUCAAACAGCAUGUGUGCUGCUCCUCCGGCACUCUGCCCAACUAUGCGCCGAAACCCCAGUCCGAUGGUGUCUGUGCCACAUAUCUGGUGAAGAAGGGCGACACCGGCGCCGACCUUGCGGCCUUCUACACCGUGACAGUCACUCAGAUCGAGAACUGGAACAAGAAGACCUGGGGCUGGAUGGGCUGCAAAGAUCUCCAAGCAAAGAUGAAGAUCUGCCUAAGCAGCGGCGAUGCGCUCAUGCCGGCACCCAUUGCGAAUGCCAAAUGCGGUCCUCAGGUUCCUGGAACUAAAAGACCAACAAACGGAACCGCUCUGGCAUUGCUCAACCAGUGUCCUCUCAAGGCCUGCUGUGACAAAUGGGGGCAGUGUGGCAUUACCUCCCAGUUCUGCACCCAGAUCGACUCGGCCACAGGCGCCCCUGGAACAUCAAAGAACGGGACCAACGGAUGCAUCUCCAACUGUGGCACCAAGCUCAUCUCCAGUUCGGCUCCCGCCCACUUCAGGUCUGUGGCAUACUUUGAGGCCUUCAACUCGGGGCGCAAAUGUCUGAACAUGGACGUCCGGUCGUUGCAGGGGUUCAAUUACGAUACGAUUCACUUUGCCUUUGCUAAUAUUACCAAGGGUUUUGACGUCGACGUGUCCUCUCUGAAGGCGUCAUUCCAAGAUUUUGUGGCCAUGAAGAAUAAUGGCUUCCAAAGAGUUCUAUCUUUUGGCGGCUGGUCAUUUUCCACCGACGUUGAUUCUUAUCCCAUCUUCCGCGAAUCCGUCACAGAUGCGAACCGCGCAACGUUUGCCUCCAACGUAGCUGCAUUCGUCAAAAAAUGGGACCUCGACGGCGUUGAUUUUGACUGGGAAUAUCCAGGGGCUCCGGAUAUCCCUGGCAUCCCACCGGGAAAUCCAGGGGACGGUGGCAGAUAUCUGAGCUUCCUCAAGACACUCAAGUCCAAGCUGCCUUCCGGGACGACAUUGUCCAUUGCCGCUCCUGCAUCGUACUGGUAUCUCAAGGGAUUCCCCAUUGCCGACAUAUCCAAGGCCCUAACCAUGAUCACAAAGGCUGGAGUUGCCUCCAACAAGGUCAUCGUCGGUACUGCGUCCUACGGCCGGUCCUUCAAGAUGUCAGACAAAAGUUGCACAGGUCCAUCUUGUCACUUCACCGGCCCCAAAUCGGGAGCCACUCCUGGCCGAUGCACCAAAACCGCGGGUUACAUCUCCAACGCCGAAAUCUUCGAGCUCCUCGAGGCCAGCAGCGGUUCUACGCAUUACGAUAAAAGCAGCGACUCCAACGUUGCUAUCUAUGGCGACAACUGGGUUUCUUACAUGACACCAAAUACCACGUCGGGGAGACAGGCCAAGUACAAAGGGCUGAAUUUCGGCGGCACUACCAACUGGGCCGUCGACUUGCAAAGCUGGAUGUUGCCUUUUGACCCGCUUGAUGUGCUCGCAAGCAAUGUUGAUUGGGAAAAGGUACCGACCAAGCCUCUCUGCAACGAUAUCAAUCGUAGUGCCAGCGGCUGGUGGGCCGACGCCGGCUGCGACUCGGCCUGGAAAGCCGCCAUUAAAUACUGGAACAGCGUGUCGCCAGCGAAUCAGAAGCUGCAUGGUUUCUCGGCAGAGAUAGCCAACUUCUUCAACUCCUCAAAGAACUCCAUCAACAUGCAAUGCAACAGUCUGAAUGUUGACAACGGGUGCUCGGCCGAUGCCGGUCCUUCGUGCGGCGACCCUGUGAGUCCUGCGGGCUAUCUGAUCCUCACCUCGUUCACUCAUAUCAACUCGCAAUUGUAUCAGAUGUACGUGGCAAUUGAGGCAGCCAACGAUGAUGUCUCCCCAAGCAUUUCGAACAUGAGUCAAGUUUUCAAUCCUCCUCCAUCGGGAUCCGAUGCCCUCUCAUUGAUAGAAGAGUUCCUGCAACCUGUGUUUGCGAUGGCCAUGGGACCAGAAUUUGAGAAAGUGCUUAGUCCCCUCGAGAUUGGUCCCCUUCCAGAAACAAAUCACGAACCAUCCUCGAGUCAAAAGGUCAAAGACGCCACCAAGGAGGCAAUAGGCAACAUCACGAGCCAAUUGAUCGGCGAUGGCUGGGACUACAUUCAAGAUAACAUUGACACCACCUCAAGCUGGACUGACCCUACAGCCACGCUCCAACAAAACUUGAAGAAUCUGACGAAUUAUUGGCUAUUGGGAUUGCAGGGCAUGGGAAACUCCACCUUCAGCGGAUCUGCCCGCGCAGUUUCUAACUUGUAUUCCAUGAUUGACCAUGGUUCCUUUCUCUUCAAACCUGUUACUCCCGCAUUUACCCUGAGUCAAGCUUUCCAGACUCCAAUCUAUGCCCGCCUGAUACCAGCAGCUUGGUCCAAUAACGCUGGCGAAGGUAAUACCAUUGGUCCUCAGGGGAUCUUUGUUCUGGACUCGAGUGACAGCUGCUCAUCUGGGUCAUCGUGCUCGUCCUCGGUCCCCUCCCAUCUGUCUGCGUUCUUGACAGGCGAUACCGCUAAAAAUGCAUGUUUCUGCGACGGUGGCAAGAUGUACUAUCUCGCGCUGCUAAAGGGAGGUGCACAGAACUGCGUUGCUUUUCCCGUGGAACAGUGUACCAAUCAGACAUUUUCGACGCCACCAGGCCUCGAUGCACUUGAUGGAAAGGCCUGGGGUGGUUUGACACUCAAAAAAUUCAUCACUGGCGCUGUCAACACUUACAAGGCAAACGGUAAUAAGAACGGCUUUAAACCAAGCUACAACAACCCGUCGAUUAUGGCCGGUUACAUCAGCGGCGAUGUCACUGCUCCAGGUGGUGUCGCGAUUCCAGUCUGUAGUGCACAAGAGGCGUUUGACAAUUGGUAUGCAGAAUCUACGACCAAGAAGAACUUUCCGUGUAAUUAA